AUGGCUGCCAGCCUUCGCGUCCUCAUCGUCGUCCUCGCCGUCGUCUCGGUCUCCCUCCGGCGCGCCGCCGCCGCCACGGUCACCGUGGAUGAGGCGUGCAAGCAGCACACCAAGUACCCGGAGCUGUGCGUGAAGUCCCUGUCGUCCGCGAAGCCGGAGGCGAAGGCGGCGGCCGAGCAGGGCGGCCUGGCGGGGCUGGCGGAGCUGUCGCUGUCGCAGGCGGCGCAGGUGGGCACGGAGACGGUGGCGUUCGUCAAGGGCCUGGAGAGCACGCCGGGGGGCAUGCCGCCGGUGUGCCUGAACGAGUGCUUAGCCAAGUUCCAGGGGGCGCUGGCCGACCUGCAGCGGUCCAAGGUGGCGGUGGAGGAGGCCAAGGACGUGGGCGCCGUGAACACGUGGCUCUCGGCGGCGAAGAUCGACGGCGACACGUGCAUGAACGACUGCCAGAAGGUGGAGGGCGGCGGCGAGAUGCAGAUCGUCGACAAGAUCGGUGACCUCGGCAAGAUGUGCUCCAUCGCCAUGUCCCUCACCGAUGCUUCUCGUAAUCGCCCCGCGGCAGCCUGA